AUGGUUUAUCGUAUCCAUAAAGUAUUCAUGUUGAUAAUUUUUUUUAGAAUCAUUGAAAUAGUUGCAACUAUCUACCACAAUGAAGUUGCAAACAAUAAUGUUGACAUAAAAAUUUUACAAAAACGAGAGUUUAGAACAUUGGUUACAAAAUUUGUUAUUACAAGUUCAUAUACUAAAUAUUUUCAAGUGACAUCAUGUUCAAAACCACCACCAAACCCAAUAUGUUGUGAUGAAAAACCACCAAGCUCAAUAUGUUGUGAUCAAAAACCAAAACCAAAAUGUUGUGAUGAAAAACCACCACCAAUCCCAAUAUGUUGUAAUGACAAACCACCACAAACACCAGCAGUACACACAUCAGCAGUACACACACGAGCACAACACAAUCCAUCACACAAUCAAACACACAAUUCACCACACAAUCAAACACACAAUCCAACACACAAAUCACCGGAAAAACAGUCACCUAGAAAAAUUGCAUCACCACGUUCAGCCAAAUUUAUACUAGUAGGCCGACAACAUAAUGCAACACACUGCUGGGUGACAAAUCAUUCAUCUAUUAUAUAUACUGUGAUUACUGUAUCAAAUACUUUUGUAACAUAUAUACCAGACCUACAGCCACCAGGGCCACAGCAAAAUCCAACACCGGUGCAACAACCAAAUCCGCAAUUAUCAGAACCACCAUCAUCUGGAACGUCACCAGGACCGGUAUCAGAAUCUUCACAACCAAAGUCGCAACCGCAAACACAAAUAGCAUCAUUACAACCAACAACAUCAAAUUUACAAUCAUAUUCAUCAACAUCUUAUUCAUCAGCAACGCCAUCAUCUAUGCCAUCACCACCAAGUAUGACCAGGAACACUGGAAAUAAUGCGCAGACUGCUGUUGUUACGGCUUUUACGUCAAGUUCUUCUUUUAUUAGUAUUGAAAAUAGUUUUAGUACUAAUACUACUAAUAUUGAUAAUUAUAUUAGUGAUAAUGAUGAUAUUGGUAAUUAUUUUACUGAUGAAGGAUAA